CCGGAUGGAUGGGGGGCAGCGACGACAUUCAGAUGACGAGGAUGAUUAUGAGGAGGCUGGUGGAGGGAACCGGCUUUUGGGAUUUAUGUUUGGAAAUGUUGACGACUCAGGCGAUCUCGAUGUUGAUUACCUUGAUGAGGACGCAAAGGAGCAUCUUGCUGCACUCGCUGACAAACUGGGUCCAUCAUUGACAGAUAUUGAUCUGUCAUCGAGAUCGCCGCAAACACCUACAGAUGCUUCUGAGAAAGAUUAUGAUGAGAAGGCUGAAGAUGCUGUUGACUACGAAGAUAUUGAUGAACAGUAUGAAGGGCCUGAGAUUGAGGCGACCACUGAGGAAGACCAUUUGUUCUCAAAGGAGUAUCUCUCUGUUGAUGUUUCACUGUCUACUUUGGAGAAUAAAGCUUCUGUGUUUGAUGAGGAAAAUUAUGAUGAGGAUGAGGAUGAGGAUGAGGAUGUUGAGAAAGAAAAUGCUACAUUAGAUACCAAUUCUGAAGCUCCAAUCGCAUCAGGUGAGCAAGGUAACUCUCUUGAAUUACCACUACCUGAGGGAGAGAAGUCUCCUGAGAAUAAUGUGCCUUCACUUGAAUCUUUUGAAGAUGAAAAUCUGGCUGUUGAUUUGGAGGAUUUUCAGGAGGAUGAACCAGUCAUGCAAGAGCCGUUAGAUGGUACUGCUUUGACAUCAUUACCCAUCUUGUGUAUAGAAGACGGGAUGGUGAUAUUACGUUUUUCCGAAAUUUUUGGUGUUCAUGAGCCCUUGAAGAAAGAUAAGAGGGACCCUAGGUAUUCUAUUCCUAAAGAGAGGUAUGAGGUUAUGGAUACUUCUGAUAUUGUGGAAGAGGAUGAGGAGGACUUCCUAAAGGGCUCUUGCCAGAGUAUAUUUACUGGUAAACAGGUGAGUGUGAAUCAAGAUGAUAAUGUACUUGCCACCGAAGGUGAUUCAGAAUCUGCUGCAUUUGGUUUCUGGCAAGGCGUUGGCACCACACCUACACAGUUUCAUGAACAAAAGGAAGACUUGUGUCUUAGUGCAGAGCCAAUGAAAGAGUGUGCAACUAUAGAUCUUUCUGCAGAAUGGCAGUCAUCCUCCUGCCCUAAGUUCUACCCUCUUGAUCAGCUAGACUGGGAAGAUGGAAUUAUUUGGGACAGUUCUCCUACAGUGAGGCAUGAGUCAGAGAGUUGUGUAAUCUCUGGAACUGACUCUGAAAUUUUUACUAGUGCAGAAACAGAGUUGAAGGAAAAGCCAGAGAGUUUGAGACCAGAGCUCCAGAAGGAAUCAGAUGAGAGGGAUCACAGCCUUUUCCUGCGUAGCUGUACCGUUCUUGUGGAACCUUUUGGCUCAAAAGAUUCUUCAGAAUUGAAUGAACUUCCAUUCUCAGAAAGGAAUUGUCAUCCACAACUAUUGAGGUUGGAAUCUCGUAUGAAAAUGGAUAAUUCCGAAGUUAGGGAAGAAACAGAAGAGCUCUUCAGAGGUGAUGCUAUAAGGCGGUUUAGCAAACUUUCCUUGCAAAACAUGGAUAUGCUGGAGGGAUCUUGGUUAGACAACAUUAUUUGGGAACAAGAUGAAUCUAUUAUGAAGCCCAAACUGAUCCUUGAUCUUCAAGAUGAGCAGAUGCUUUUUGAGAUUUUAGAAAAUAAAGAUAGUAGACAUCUUCGCUUUCAUGCAGGGGCUAUGAUAAUUACCCGUUCACUAAAGUCUGGUGUUGGGGAUUCUUUUGAUCUACAGAAUCAAGGGGGACAAUCUGUUGGCCGUUUCAAUAUUUCUAAUGACAAGUAUUAUUCAAACAGGAAAUCUUCUCAACAGUUAAAAUCACAUUCUAAGAAACGUGCAGCCCAUGGUGUCAAAGUAUUGCAUUCAAUACCUGCCGUGAAACUGCAAACAAUGAAGCCGAAGUUGAGCAACAAAGAUAUUGCUAAUUUUCAUAGACCAAAAGCUCUAUGGUACCCACAUGACAAUGAAGUGGCAGCCAAAGAACAAGGGAAACUAUCUAUGCAGGGACCAAUAAAAGUACUAUUGAAGAGCAUGGGAGGAAAGGGUACUAAACUAAAUGUGGAUGCGGAGGAGACAAUCACUUCUGUCAAGGCGAAAGCAUCAAAAAAAUUAGAUUUCAAACCGUCGGAAAAGGUAAAAAUAUUUUAUUCAGGAAGGGAACUGGAAGAUGCUAAAUCUCUUGCCAUACAAAAUGUCCGACCAAAUUCUAUCCUUCAUCUUGUGCGCACAAAAAUACAUUUGUGGCCAAGAGCCCAAAAGUUGCCUGGUGAAAAUAAGUCUCUGCGUCCCCCUGGAGCAUUUAAGAAGAAAUCAGAGCUCUCUUUGAAAGAUGGUCAUGUCUUUCUGAUGGAGUAUUGUGAAGAAAGACCUUUAUUGUUAGGCAAUGUUGGGAUGGGUGCACGGUUGUGCACUUAUUAUCAAAAAUCAGCCCCAGGCGACCAAACUGCAUCCUCAUUGCGCAAUGGAAUCAACAGUCUGGGGACUGCCCUCACACUUGAUCCUGCUGAAAAAUCUCCUUUCCUUGGAGAUAUCAAACAUGGAUGCAGCCAGUCAUCUCUUGAAACCAACAUGUAUAGAGCACCCAUAUUUCCCCAUAAAUUGGCCUCAACUGACUAUUUGUUGGUUCGUUCUGCAAAGGGAAAGCUCUCUCUCAGGCGCAUUGACAGAAUAGAUGUUGUUGGGCAACAGGAGCCUCACAUGGAAGUAACUUCUCCAGGAUCAAAAGGUCUUCAGACAUAUAUAGGGAACAGACUAUUGGUAUAUAUUUACCGUGAGUUCUGUGCCAAUGAAAAGCGUGGCUUGCUUCCUUGUGUUCGAGCUGAUGAAUUGUCUGCACAAUUCCCAAAUCUGUCAGAAUCCUUUCUACGGAAAAGGCUAAAGCACUGUGCAGAUUUACAGAGGCGACCAAGUGGAUUGUUUUGGGUUAUGAGACACAAUUUCCGCAUUCCAUUGGAAGAAGAACUCAGAAGGAUGGUAACACCUGAGAAUGUUUGUGCCUAUGAAAGCAUGCUAGCUGGUCUCCAUCGGCUAAAACGUUUAGGAAUAAGCAAGUUGACGAACCCUUCUGGCCUUUCUUCUGCAAUGAACCAACUUCCAGAUGAAGCCAUUGCUCUUGCUGCGGCGUCCCAUAUCGAGAGGGAACUUCAGAUAACUCCCUGGAACCUGAGCAGCAAUUUUGUUGCAUGUAUUAGUCAGGACCGGGAAAAUAUUGAGCGUCUGGAAAUUACAGGUGUUGGUGAUCCAUCUGGUCGAGGCUUAGGUUUCAGUUAUGUCCGUGUUGCUUCCAAGGCUCCAAUAUCGAGUGCUGUAGUCAAGAAAAAGGCAGUUGCUCCUCGCGUUGGUUCAACUGUUACUGGUACAGAUGCUGAUCUGCGCAGAUUGAGCAUGGAGGCAGCACGUGAGGUUCUCCUUAAGUUUGAUGUUCCUGAGGAACAAAUUGCCAAACAGACUAGGUGGCACCGAAUUGCUAUGAUACGCAAGCUUUCAAGUGAACAAGCUGCAUCAGGGGUCAAGGUAGAUCCAACAACUAUCAGCAAAUAUGCACGUGGUCAGCGGAUGUCAUUUCUCCAGCUUCAGCAGCAAACAAGAGAAAAAUGUCAAGAAAUUUGGGAUCGCCAAGUCCAGAGUCUUUCAGCUGCUGAGGGUGAUGAAAAUGAGAGUGACUCAGAGGCUAAUAGUGAUCUGGACUCUUUUGCUGGGGACCUGGAAAAUUUGCUGGAUGCAGAAGAGUGUGAAGAAGGGGAAGAAGGUAACUAUGAAUCCAAACAUGACAAGGCAGAAGGGGUUAGGGGACUUAAAAUGAGAAAGCAUCCAUCCGAAGUGCAGGUGGAGGAGGAAAUUGAAGAUGAAGCAGCAGAAGCAGCAGAGUUAUGCAGGAUGCUCAUGGAUGAUGAUGAGACUGAGUGGAGGAAGAAGAAAAAGUCAAAAAAUGUGAAGCAGGAAGGAGUCAGAUUGGGCACACAAUUCGGUUUUGGUGCUGAAAAUACAGAACAGACCAGGAAAGUUAUUCGUACAGCCCUACAUGAUGGGUCAUUUAUAUCCAAAGAGACCAUCAUUCGUGAUCCAAAGGAGGUGGAGAAUGUUCUUGCUAAAAGAAAUUUGUCUGGAAAAAUAAAAGCUAAAAAAGGAAAUGGAAAGAAUGAUAUUGCACAGAUGAGUUUGCUAAAAAAGAAAGCAAAAGCAUUGGGUGAUGGAUCCAAGGUUAUUAAGGAAAAGAAACCGUCGGAUAAACCAGUGAGAGAAAAUUUCAUCUGUGGAGCAUGUGGCCAGCUUGGACACAUGAGGACCAACAAAAACUGUCCCAAGUAUGGAGAAGAUUUAGAUAUGCAGGUUGAAAGCUCAGACUUGGAAAAAGCAUCUGGAAAAUCUACCCUUCUAGAUCCUUCUGCCCAGCCCCAGCCAAGAACUGUGACUAAGAAAUUAAUACCUAAAGGUGCAACAAAAGUUUCUCUAGUGGAAACCCCAGAAAAUAUUGAAAAUUUUGUAUCAAAACCAAAAAUCCUUCCACUGAAGCUCAAAUGUGGCCCUGCCGACAAGCUUCCUGAGAGAACUACUCCUGGGAGCGCACAGAGUUCUGAAAAGCAUGUCAAUAUCGAUGUUGAAAAUGUUACUAAAUCCGUCACCAAGAUUAAUAAAAUAAUAAUUUCCAACAAGACAAAACCUGAAGAUGUACAGGUUGAACCUCACAAGCCCUCGAUUAUGAUACGCUCAGUGACAGAGACAGACAAGGAUCAACCUCGUAAGAAACUUAUAAUUAAACAGCCAAAGGGGAUUUCAAAUUCAAACCUGAUCAAGCAAGAACUUUUCAACAGUCUUGGUGAAGAAAAUAGAAAGGCUAAGAAAAUGAUCAAACUGUCAAGCUUUGAGAAGCAAAGAAAGCAAGUGAGUAGGAAAUUGGAAGAAGAGGCAGAAAAGAGAAAAGUUGCAGAAAGAAGAUUUUGGGAAGAGGAAGAGAAGAGGAGAUAUGCAGAGAAGAUGAGAGAGGAGAGGAGGACAAUGAGGAUUUAUGAGGAAAGGAGGUUGCAAGAAGAGCAACAAAGACUUGCUGAGAUUAGGAGGAAUGAAGAAGCUGAGCGGAGAGAGAGGGAAGAAAGGGAGCGGCAGAAAGCUAAAAAUAAGAAAAAGAAGAAAAAAGCAGAGAUGAGAGAUGAGUAUUUAGAGGAACCAAGAGCAAGCAGAAAUGACCGAAGAAUGCCAGAAAGGGAUCGUGCUGCAAAGAGGCGUCCUGCAGUUGAGGUGGGAAGAUAUGCUACAGAAAAUUCCCAGCAAACAAAGCGUCGUAGAGGUGGAGAGGUUGGUUUGGCAAACAUCUUGGAAAAAAUAGUGGAUUCCCUUAAAGAUUCAUUUGAGGUUUCAUAUCUCUUCUUAAAACCAGUGUCCAAGAAGGAAGCUCCUGACUACCUGGACAUCAUCAAACACCCAAUGGAUCUCUCCACCAUUAGGGAGAAGGUGAGGAAAAUGGAGUACAAGACCAGAGAGGAAUUCAGGCAUGAUGUGUGGCAGAUCACCUUCAAUGCUCACGCAUACAAUGAUGGGCGUAACCCCGGCAUUCCUCCCCUGGCAGAUCAACUCUUGGAGCUUUGUGAUUACAUGUUGAUUGAGCACGAUGCCCGUUUGACUGAAGCCGAAGCUGGUAUUGAAUCGAGGGACAUCUGAAGAAAGGGGAUAUGAUUGUAACAUAUGUGGCAAGAAUUCUUCUCCUAGUCAACUGAGCCAUCAUAGGUGUUUUGCCUUAUGAGUUGGUCUAAAUGAAUGGCUUGAAUUUACUCUGUUGUAUAGAAAAACACUUUAAAUAAUUUAAGUAGUUCUUUAGCCAGCCGUUCUACGCA